AGCAGCGCGCACUGGAAUACAGUUAGUGGCAAUUGAAAUCUUCAGCCAAUUGGCGUCUUGUCAGGGGGUGCGGCGGAACGCUGAUUGGCCGGGGUGGGUGGGGUCUGUCAUUGGCAGCUGGGUGCUGAGAGUCUAGCAGAGAGUGAGUGGCCGCCCGAGGCUCGCAGCCCCCGGCCAGGCCGAUCUAUGGAGCUCGAGAAUAUAGUAGCCAACACCGUGCUGCUGAAAGCCAGGGAAGGUGGCGGAGGAAAUCGAAAAGGAAAGAGCAAAAAAUGGCGACAGAUGCUGCAGUUUCCACAUAUCAGCGAAUGCGAGGAGCUAAGGCGUACAAUCGAACACGAUUAUCACAGUCUUUGUGACCGGCAACCCAUUGGGCGGCUCCUCUUCCGUCAGUUUUGUGAGACUAGGCCAGAGCUGUUGCGUUGUGUCCACUUCCUAGAUGCUGUGGCUGAAUAUGAAGUAUCUCCAGAUGAGAAGCGUAAAGAAUGUGGGCAACUACUGACUGAAAAAUACCUCACUAGUACGAGUGAAGAUUAUAUCACAGAGGUCCCCGAGCAGCUGGUCACUGGUUGUCGAGACAGCUUGGAGAACAAUCCAUGCAAAGAACUGUUUAAAGACUGUUCUAAACUUGUCCAUGACUUCCUCAGCAUGGCUCCAUUUUCAGACUACCUGGAUAGCCAAUAUUACAAUCGCUUUUUACAGUGGAAAUGGCUAGAGAGGCAGCCGGUCACAAAGAAUACAUUUCGACAAUACAGAGUUCUGGGCAAAGGAGGAUUUGGUGAGGUUUGUGCCUGCCAAGUACGAGCAACAGGCAAGAUGUAUGCAUGCAAGAAGCUCGAGAAGAAACGCAUUAAGAAACGGAAAGGGGAGUCCAUGGCCUUAAAUGAGAAGCAGAUCUUGGAGAGAGUCAACAGCAGGUUUGUAGUUAGUCUGGCUUAUGCGUAUGAGACAAAAGACGCUCUCUGUCUGGUGCUAACACUAAUGAAUGGAGGUGAUUUGAAGUUUCACAUUUAUCACAUGGGUGACUCUGGAUUUGAUGAAGAACGAGCAAUAUUUUAUGCUGCAGAAAUCUGUUGUGGCCUCCAAGAUCUACAUCAAGAAAGAAUAGUAUACAGGGAUUUAAAACCAGAAAAUAUUCUGCUGGAUGACCAUGGACACAUCCGGAUCUCCGAUCUCGGGCUGGCUGUGCACAUCCCAGAAGGUCAAACUAUUAAAGGCAGAGUAGGCACUGUAGGAUACAUGGCUCCUGAGGUGGUGAAGAAUGAGCGGUACACAUUUAGCCCUGACUGGUGGGCAUUUGGUUGUCUACUGUAUGAGAUGAUUGCGGGGCAGUCCCCUUUUCAGCAGAGAAAGAGGAAGAUCAAACGUGAGGAGGUAGAGCGGUUAGUAAAGGAAGGCCAAGAAGAAUAUUCAAGCAAGUUUUCAUCGGAGGCAAGGGAUCUCUGCACUAUGCUUCUAUGUAAAGAUCCUGAUCAGCGAUUGGGGUGUUGUGGUGGAAGUGCACAGGAAGUAAAAGAACACCUUUUGUUCAGGCAUAUAAAUUUUAAGAGACUUGAAGCUGGAAUACUAGAACCCCCAUUUAAGCCAGAUCCUCAGGCAAUUUACUGCAAAGAUGUCCUAGACAUAGAACAGUUCUCAACAGUGAAAGGAGUGGAGCUAGAGCAAAUCGACAGCGACUUUUACCACAAGUUUGCCACUGGUUGUGUGUCUAUACCGUGGCAAAAUGAGAUGAUCGAGACCGACUGCUUCAAAGAAAUUAGUGAAGUGCCCAUGGAUGGACCUAUCCCACCUGAUCUGGACUGGAGAGGUCUUCCUUCCCCACAACCUAAGAAAGGGCUGCUGCAACGACUCUUCAGCAGACAGGACUGUUGUGGUAACUGCAGUGAUAGUGAAGAUGAGCCAACUCGCCUAUAGCUCUGUGGGACUGCAAAAUAAUCGAGUUGAACCAGUUUACAGUUUUUUUUUGUUUGUUUUUUUUUUGCACACUUAUUACCACAUAUUCCCAUUGCAGAAAGGCAGUUACAACACAGUGCUACAUGAACUGGGCACCAGUUGUCUGCUAAGGGAACUGUCAAAAAUUUUAUGUAUAAAUGGAAAUCUAUAAAUAUAGGAAUGUAUAUUUUCAGCGUUUUGCCCUAGUGGCUUAAUUAACUCCUUCCCUGGCUGCCAUAGGCCAAAGGACUGCACAGGCCUCUCAGGAAGGACUGGCGAAAGGAAACCACAGAAUAUUUCACUUUGUCCUUUCUACCUUUUUGUGCUAAGAGAUUUUUUUUAUAUUUGUUUAAAGUUUUUAUUUUUUUUACUUCUAUAUAGGAAUACAUAGGGUAUUUACCACAGUCCUCACUUCAAACUCCAUUGUAAGUUAAACCUCACAGUUGGAUAUAUUAUGUUUUGUCUUUUCCAUGUUAUGUCAAGCUAAAAAUGGAUGUAUAAGUAGCCCAGUAUGUGAAAAACUACUUUUAAGCAUUUAGGUGUGUCAUUUCAAGGCAGAUGAUUAAUACUUAUUUGGGCCACACUUUGCAUUAUGGGUACGACCUAGAGACGCUUGCAUGGUGGUCCUUCAAUUGCUGGAAGGGGCUGGUUUUAGAGGGUGAUGGCACACUGGCGCUUCCUAUCUAGCAGGUAUGCUUAGGACCUAUUUUUGAAGAGCUUAACUGCUACAGACGAUUUUCAGAAUUUAAAA